AAAAUGUGUCAUGUCAUUAUAGAUAAGAAUUAGUAUUGGCUCUCUCUACGAGUGAUAUAAGUUAUUAUCUUGAUUUUAUCAGUGAAGUGGCGAAUUGAUAUGAAAUGCAACAAUUUUGACUGUUAAAAUAUCACAUUUAUUACUCUCUAAUAACGUAUGACUGCAUAAUUUUCUAUUGAGAACUGAAUGCAAGGUUACGUUUCUGCUACAUUCUUAAUUAUAACCUAUUGCUGUUUGGUAUCAAAGUACACGAGAGCCAAAGUCCACUGCGAAAGCAUCGAAAUGACUGUGAAGACAAAAUUAUUAAAGGCUUUGAUAUUAGGUGCACCUGCUUCAGGAAAGGGCACUAUAUCGUCACGUAUAGUGAAGAAAUAUAAUAUAGAACAUGUAUCUAGCGGAGAUAAACUAAGAGAUCACAUUGAAAAGCAAACUUUAUUGGGGAAGGAGGUGAAAAAAUACCUGAAUGAAGGAAAACUAGUGCCAGAUGAUGUGAUGAUAAAAUUCAUGAUUACAGAACUGGGUAGUGUACAAGGUAAGCCAUGGUUGUUAGAUGGUUUCCCAAGAACAGUUGGACAGGCACAGGCAUUGUGGAAAGUACAGCCAGUGGAUGUUGUGUUAAAUCUAGUUGUGCCAUUUGAAGUUAUAAUUGACAGAGUUAAGAAUAGGUGGGUGCACUUAUCAUCGGGUCGGGUGUACAAUAUAGAUUUUAAUGCUCCAAAAGUACAUGGUAAAGAUGAUGAGACUGGUGAAGAUUUGGUACAACGCCCAGAUGACAAACCAGAAGCUGUGCGGAAGCGUCUUGAGAUUUAUGAAAGUGUCACAAGACCAGUAAUUGAAUUUUACAAAAAGAGAGGCAUUCUCAAGGAGUUUAAGGGGCGAACUUCGGAUGAAAUAUGGCCAAAAGUAACAGCUUACUUAGAUCCCAUAUUAACAAAGUAAUUUUUUUUCUAAAAUGUACACUCAAAUAUGCAAAGAUGAUAUGAUGUAAGUAAAUAACAAAGACAGCC